AUGGAAGAUGGUCACUCCCUUUUCGAUUACAGCGUCGGACUGAAUGAUAUUGUUCAACUCUUGGUCAGACAAAGCCCAGCAGUGCUUCCUGCUGUUAGCAAGGAGAAGGAUUCUGAACUCUCCGACACAGACUCUGGCUGUGGCUCAGGCCAAAGCGAAUCCGACAAAAGCUCUCACAAUGGAGAAGGUGCGAUGGAACUGGAGGGACAGCCGAGCACCGCGGCGCAGCCGGACUGGACGGACCCGGGAUUUGGGCUCUAUAAGAUCAAUGACUUGGUCGACGCUCGAGAUAUGAAUAUGGGAGCGUGGUUUGAAGCCCAGGUUGUAAAUGUAACCAGAAAAAAACCUACAAGUGAGUCGGCCGACAGUUGCACAGAUCCUCAUCAGCCGACGACCAUUCCUGAGGAAGAUGUAAUAUAUCAUGUGAAAUAUGAAGAUUAUCCAGAGAAUGGAGUUGUAGAAUUGAGUUCGAAUGAUGUACGGGCUCGUGCACGGACUAUUUUGAAGUGGCACCAGCUAGAAGUAGGACAGGUGGUGAUGGUCAACUAUAACCCCGACGAGCCAAAAGAGAGAGGGUUUUGGUACGAUGCGGAGAUUCUGCAAAAAAGGGAAACAAAAAUGAUCAAGGAGAUAAAUGCGAAGAUAUUACUGGGGGAUGCUGGUGAUUCCUUGAACGACUGCAGAAUUACGUUAGUGGAUGAAAUUUAUAAAAUCGAAGAGCCAGGCAGUGCUUGUCCAAUUAGCGCCAGUCCAUUAAAACGACAAAAUGGACCUGUGUGUAAAGCUUGUAAAGACAACCCGAACAAGACCUGCAGAAUUUGUGCUUGCCAUAUCUGUGGAGGUAAACAAGAUCCAGAUAAACAGCUAAUGUGUGAUGAGUGUGAUAUGGCUUUCCACAUCUACUGCCUCAACCCUCCCCUUAGUAGUAUACCAGAUGAUGAGGAUUGGUAUUGCCCUGAAUGUCGAAAUGAUGCAAGUGAGGUGGUUUUAGCAGGAGAAAAACUCAAAGAAAGUAAGAAGAAACAAAAGAUGGCAUCUGCUAAUUCAUCCUCACGGAGAGACUGGGGCAAGGGCAUGGCGUGUGUUGGUCGCACAAAAGAAUGUACCAUUGUCCCCUCAAACCACUAUGGACCAAUUCCUGGGAUUCCGGUUGGCACCAUGUGGAAGUUCAGAGUUCAGGUGAGCGAAUCGGGCGUUCACAGGCCCCACGUAGCGGGUAUCCAUGGCAGGAGUAACGACGGCGCCUACUCCUUGGUUCUGGCAGGAGGCUACGAAGAUGACAUAGAUCAUGGAAAUUCCUUCACAUAUACAGGGAGCGGAGGGCGGGAUCUUUCUGGAAACAAACGCACAGCGGAACAGUCUUGUGAUCAAAAACUCACCAACAUGAACAGAGCUCUGGCUCUGAACUGCAGUGCCCCCAUCAACGACAAAAACGGAGCUGAAGCCAAGGACUGGCGAGCUGGGAAGCCAGUGCGAGUGGUGAGGAAUGUAAAAGGAGGCAAACAUAGUAAAUACGCUCCUGUAGAAGGGAACAGAUACGAUGGAAUAUAUAAGGUUGUGAAAUACUGGCCCGAGACAGGGAAGUCUGGAUUUUUAGUGUGGCGUUACUUACUUAGGAGGGAUGAUGAAGAACCUGCUCCUUGGACCAAAGAAGGAAAAGACAGGAUGAAAAAGCUUGGCCUCACGAUGCAGUAUCCUGAAGGGUAUUUGGAAGCUGUUGCAAACAAAGAUAAGGAAAAAGAAAAUAAUGGAGAUGAUGAGUUUGACACCCCAGGGAAAGGGAAGAGGAAAAGGAAAUCAUCAGGUGGAGAGGAAAAACUCGUUACCUCUCCUGCAGGGACUCCGAAGAAAACUAAAGUUGAGCCAUACAAGCUGACAUCUCAGCAAAAAUCUCUUAUAAAAAGUGAUGAAGCCAAUGAAAAACUGUGGAAUGAAGUACUAGAAGCUCUCAAAGAUGGACCGAAAUUUCUAAAUAAAGUUGAAGAGGCCUUCCUGUGUAUUUGCUGUCAGGAGGUGGUGUUUCGGCCCGUCACAACUGUGUGCCAACACAACGUGUGCAAGGAUUGUUUGGAUAGAUCCUUCAAAGCUGACGUGUACAGCUGUCCGGCCUGCCGCUACGAUCUUGGCAAAAACUACACCAUGCAAGUGAACGAAACGCUGCAGACGAUUCUAACUCAGCUCUUUCCUGGAUAUGGCAAUGGACGGUGAUUCUGUAAAGCACUUCUAAUUUUCUUUUGUUCAAACUUAUUAAUGGGUUUUCAAUGGGCUUAAUUUAAAAGAAAAAAAGUAGUCUGUGUUCUCCCAGACCCCUAAAA